AUGACAAUUCGGACGAAUCUCACUUCACGCAUACAUGACGCACAACAAGAAGCCCUUAAGAAGGAAAAUCAUAAGGCUGAAUAUCUCCGAGGCAUGGAGAAGAAGUUGAUGUCAAAUGAGGAAGGAAUCUUAUACGUUAUGGGACGCAUUUGGGUUCCACUCUAUGGCGGGAUUCGAGAGGUUAUCUUUGACAAAGCUCACAAGUCGAGGUACUCGAUUCACCCAGGAUCGGACAAAAUGUACCAAGACUUGAAAGAGUAUUAUUGGUGGCCAAAACUCAAAAGUGACGUAGCCGUUUAUGUUGGAAAAUGCCUAACCUGUGCUAAGGUCAAGGCUGAAUACCAGAAACCUUCUGGUCUAUUGCAACAACCUGAAAUACCCUCUGCACACUUCCUGCCAAUUCGAGAGAAAGAUAGCACUGGAAAAUUGGCAGAAUUGUACCUUAAGGAGAUAGUGGCACGUCAUGGAGUGCCUAUCUCGAUAAUCUUAGACAGAGAUGGACGGGAUGGUUGUUUCAAUGAUGAGCGGUGGUGGAGGUUGAAUUUGAGAGCGUGUUUGGUGGAGAAGAGUGGUGGUGGUGUGGUGGUGGUAGUGAGGUAUGGAGUGCGUAGGAUAACUGUGGAGAGGGAUGAAGACGCCAUUGGAGUAGAGGUUGCAGAUAGGGAAGAAGAAGAAAGGGGGUGGGGGGAUAGGAUAAGGGGAUUUAGAGGUUUUGGACCAUUUUGCCCCUGA